CAGUUUCUUUCUAGAACUCUUACCAGAGGUAAAAAAAAGACAAAAAAGGUGCGCACUUCCCCCACUCUACGAGAAACUUUCAAUUGAAGAUGGCAUGGUUUCCAAUGUCCCUCCUGUUUGCUGUAGUCUUUCCAAACAUUGGUGGGAUUAUGGGAGGUUUUAUAACUUCCAAGAAUAUUCCUACCUGGUAUCAGAACAUAAAGAAACCAGAGUGGCGCCCUCCUAACUGGGCUUUUGGACCUGCAUGGACAUACCUUUACUGUUCAAUGGGCUAUGCAUCCUAUCGAGUUUGGUUUGAGCUUGAAUCUCCUAAUGUGUUGUCUGUGUUAACUCUGCCAGCACCUUUAAUUUUAUACCUUCUUCAGAUCACUCUAAACUGGAUUUGGACACCAAUUUUCUUUGAAAUGAAGAACUUAACUCUGGCUUUAGUAGAGAUUCUUCUUCUUGAUGCUGCAGUUAUUGCAACUGGCUUUGCAUUUUGGAAUGUUGAUGAUGUUGCUGGAUUGCUAAUUAUUCCAUAUGUUGCUUGGUUAAUGCUGGCAACAGCCCUAACUUACUGUAUCUGGAGAGAUAAUCCUGAAUGGAGACAUGGGUAUUCCCAGGAGGCUAAGCAAGAGUGAAUGCUGUCUCAUGAUUGAGAAAUAUGGUAAGUUUUUAAUUUGUGACAAAAAAGUGAUAGAAAGUAAUUAUUUGUUUGUUAAACCAAAGAGUGAAGAUUGUAAUGUGUGGGUUUUUUAUGGUUCAGUACCUUAUUACUAGUAUGGCAGUAAAAAGAGAAUGAUUGCCAUUUGUAAGUUUGUGAAGAAUGAAAAUAUAAUUGGUUCUGCUAAAUGAGAUGUUGAAUAUCAUAAUGUCUCAUAAAAAGAAUAAGUGAUACAUAUUUGGUACAAUUAUGUUGUUUGAUAAAUAAAGAAGAAUGUAAGGGAGUCAAAAUUGAUUACAUAUAUACUUGCCUGUCUUCAUUUUAUGGCUUAGUAAAGAAAAUGUAUUCCAUCACUGAGGAGCCAGUUUAAAACAAAGAAAAUAAUUAUUAUGAAACAUAGACUGAAAAAAAUUACAAACAUUUUUGUGAAUGAAUAUUGUAUUGUAUUGUAUUGUGUACAUGGGGAGUGAAUCAGUAGAAUAUGUCAAUAAAAGAUUUUCAGGGUUUUGCAUGGUCUUCAGUGACAAAGUUCUAUUGUCAAGUAGAGUUUUGCUGGCAGCUAAUGCCAUUAACAAACUUUUUAAGUGCCUAGACAGCCAGUCCAAAAAAUAACUGUAUAAAAUAAUAAUCUGUAUUUGUAAAAACAUUUAUUUUAUAUGUUCUCAUAAUUACACUUAUAAUAAGAGGCAAAAGAUUAUUGGGAACAUUGUGCAAAUCUAACAAAGUGUACACUGUCAGAUUAAAAGAAAGUAAUUUGGGAUGAAUCUCACCUACUGUUAAUAAUAGCCUAUAGCUUUACACCGAUAAGCUACGUGGCAUUCCAACAAAGGAAGAUCGCAAUGCUGACAGGGAUGCCUGUCUAGUAAACCUGUUCUCCACCAAGUGUGUUUCGAAUGUUUUAGUUCUUGUCAGAAUUCUCCUUGCCACCAUUGUGUGUAGGCACUAGUUGGUAUUUCCUGGUUUUGGCUGUUCGUUGCUUUCAUGGUACUGUACAUUUGUUUUUCCUAGGAUGCCCUCCACUGGAAGCAAGGCAAAGAAUAUUUGGCUCUGUUAGAAUGAUUACUGUGUUUUAGCAGGAUAUUGAAUUUUGAGAUAUAUACACACUGUUUGUGCCAGCUCCAGGGGUAUACAUAGUAUGUGAUCUUGAGAACAGAUAUGAGGAAUGUAGGAAUUUUUUAAGGACUUUAUGCUUAAGUUUGUUAGAUGUAGGAAGAGAAGAGAAGCAGAUAGGUUGUGAAAGCAAAUAGUCAAGUCUGGUCAUAAACCUGUCUUUUCUCUCUUUCUGGCCUCCCUCAAGGUCUUACCCUUACUCAGUCUAAGACUUUUUCAGUUCAGGAACAGUGUGUUGAGGAGUUAGAACAGGAUGCAAACCUUACUUUAGUCAGUGAAAGGUUUACCUGAGUUUAUGUUGGGGAGCUAUUCUGGGUCUCCCCAUAGUACGUAUGUGAUCAUUUUCGAGUGCCCUGUAAGAGGUAAGAUGUCGGUGCCUUUUCCCAACUGUGGCCAGAGCCUAGGAUUGCCCUGCGACAGUUUGAAGAUUCGCUGCUUGGGAACUGUGUCAGUUCUUGGGUCGAUGUGAUUCUGUGCCCUUUGUCACCUGCCUCUGAUUUUUCAUGCUCUUAAGUCUCUUUUAAUGAUUUAGAUAAAAGAUUGUUUCAGUUAGCAUAAAUCUUUGCUCCAUAUUUGUCAUUAGCACCUAGUAAUGAGGUUGUUAGCAACACUAUGACUACACUGUUUUUUUCCAUCUUUCCAUCUGCCUGUGGUGUUUGCACAUGGUAACACUAUACUCUGUUUUUUUCCAUCUGUCCAUCUGCCUGUGGUGUUUGCUCAUGGUAAUACUGUGUCCUGGGCUUUAAAUAAUAUCCUAUUUCGUAUAUUAAUGGUGUAAUUCGCCUACAGUAAAUUAUUAAAACACUUUUCAGUUGCAAAUGAACACCCAGAUAUCCUUUUAUUUACCUAAAACUUACACAUAGUGUAACUAUAUAUAGGCCGGGACACAGUGUUACUAUGCGCGACCACCACAGACGGAUGGACAGAUGGAAAAAAACAGAGUAUAGUUAUAUAUGUAUUGACAGUGUUAUUAAUGUGUCUGUAGUGAAUUGUGCUUAUUCUGAUGUUAUGUUAACUCAGUCGAUUUUUAAAACAAUCUCUUCUACAUUUGCUGCUUAUUCUAAAUCGUUGUCUGCUAUUCUUCUUUCUACUCAAAAUGCAUCUUUUCGUUCUUUACAGCAAAGAACAUGCUGUUUUACCUAUCUGUGAGUCUCUUCCUUCUGUUUCUUCUGCUCAGCCAACUUGUGUUGACUCAAGUUAGCUACUUCGGACUGGGUUCCCUCAGUUUCCCCUUUCAUCAAGUUGGGGAUUCAUUACAGGUAGUUGCCUGCUGUUGCCCCAACUCCUCCUCUAACAGAAGAAGAGUGAAUUAGAGGAAUCUUCUUUGGUUUUUUGGCAUUUGUUAGAGUUGCACUUUGCUGUAUCCUUAUUUAGUGAAGGAAAGAGGUCCCUUAGAAAAUAGGUCUUUGUUACCUCUUAGUAUUUUGUUGCCCAUUAAGUAUUUGAAGAAACCCAAGCAUUCUCCUCCAGUUAGAACACCUUUCAUAAGUCUUACAGUUUUUAUCUUCCUCUUUUUUAGCUGUUUUUUUUUUUUCUUUUUUUGAAGUCACAAAGAGCCACCACAUAAUGAUACAGGUGCUUUACUGGCACUUAAACUGAAGUCUUGGAUCUCUUUGCAUAUUUUUUCCCUUUGAAGAGAUGUACUCUUGAGACUGACGAAGUGCUCUGGACACACUGAGAUGGAGGUUUUUUUUAGGUCUCUGUUUAGUGUUAAAGUUUUUUUUUUUUCUGAACUUUUGCACAGUAUGCUUGCCUCUUCUCUAUGCCAGCAAAAAUAUUUAUGGCUAGAGAGUUUGUGGUACCAGCUGCAAGAGUGUAGUGCCAUCUUAGAGAGUUUGUGGCACCAACUUAAAGUGUUUGUGGCAUCGGAGGAAUUUUAGCAGAAACUGUCUUAGAGCUUUUAACUUGCAUGGUUAAGUCUAUUUCUGGCACUGUAGGUGAAUGCUUUCAUGUUUAUACUAGCGUUUAUGCUCUUUUCUGUCAUCACGGUUUCUCCUGCACAGGUGAUGGCUGUUGUUUUGUGUUUUCCCUCAGGUUACCUCUUAAGCACAAAACAAUAGAAUUUCUCAGUUAAUCUCUCAGUUAGUGGUAGAAAAGGCCUUCCUCUUCUCUUUCUUCAAGUUCUCAUUUAAAAAUCGUACCUCUUUAUCCCAAGUCUUUUAUAUCUUUCAGGGAUUUGUUCAGCCUCAAGUUCCAGUAGGAGGUUGCAGGCCUUCUUGCAUGUUUGGAGAGAGUUACGAGCAGAACCUUGAAUAGUGGAGGCACUGAAGGAGAGUUCUGACUUUUCGGGUUGCCCCUUCACUGGUGUUGUCUCCGACAGCCUUUCUUUUGUAUCUUCUCCACCUGAAGUAUCUUGUUCUUCGGUAGGAGGUUAUAAUUAGAGAAGAUUCCAGUGAAGCAGAUGUCUGUUUUCACUGGGAUUUCACCUCCCAGCUUUUUCCUAGCACCAUAAGCAACCAGAGAUUAGCACCCAGAGUUGGACAUAUCAAGGCUGAACAACUUAUUCUUGUCCCCAUUCGUCAUCGUUUUUUUUUAAAUCAAAAGAACUAUUGAAUGAUUCAGUGGGCAUGCAGUAUGUAUUUUUCACAUACGAAUAGAUUCUUGGUUGUGCAAGCCCCUUCAGUGUGGAUUUGCAGGGAAGGUAUUCCUGUUUAUGAGGAAUUUGUUGCCCAUAAGGGGAUGGUUUUGUCUUUUAGGGGCAAGAGCUCUUUUCUACUGUGUUGACUCAAGCAGUUGAAGUGUUCCUCCAAGUUUGAUAUAAUAGUUUUGAUGCAUAUGCCUUCCCCCUUUAUGAACUCUAAAGAAAGUAUAGAACAAAUCUCGAAUACAAGAAUUAUUCAAUGACUUCCAUACCCCCUCUGUAGCCUCAGAGGGAAUAAUUUUAGAACUUUCUAGAUCUCCAGGUAGAUCUCUGGUGUUCUCCCAUUAAAUUUCAUUCAGUUCCACCAAACUUCUGCAUUCCACAGUUAACUGCUUGGAGAUGCUCAGCCAUCUCCUUGGGUUUUAUCUUUAAUGAAUUGGUGAAACAACCUUGGCCUUGUAUCAAAAGCAUCAAUUUGUGUACAUAUUGCUAUGAGUGCCAUUCUAGAAGAAUUCUCAGCAUCCAUACCCCUGUAGACAUCAAAGUGUCAUCGUUUUCCUAGGUACUACAGUGAGAAUUUUUCACUGUCUACUUUCGAGAUUAUACUUCCAUGCUUUCCUUGGUACAGUGUUGUGUCAUGUGCAACUGGAUCUGGAUUGUGAUCAGUACCUAAAGAUGUUGAGAUUGAAGCUCCUAGAGCUGCAUCAGUCUCUCUCUGGAAUUUAAACAUUCUGGAAUUUCAUUGGCCAAUCCUUUUGAACCUCUAGAAUAAGAAUAAGUUCCAUUUAAGUAUUUACAAUCAAACACUUGUUUUUUUAGCACUCUUGGCAGUUAAAAGAUUAAGUAUAUUGCAAGCAUUCUCCUAUGAAUCUCUUGUAAAGGGAAUGUUGUUAUCGUUUUUGCCCUAGAUCUGAGACUGAUGUUAAGGCUAAAUAAGAAUUCCAAAUUGUCUCUUUAGUGGGGAAGGAAGAGGAAACACUUCUCUGUCCUGUGAUGGUAUUUAAAAUUUAUUUAGGUAGGGUUUUUUGGUUUUAGAAAAACAUCUUGGUCAAAGAAUGUGAUGCCCUUGACAUUUAUUAAACUAGGGCAUGGGAACUAGUUCCAUACCUUUUACCUUUAUUGAAGGUAAGCAGUCAUAAUGUAAGAGCAGUUGCUAGUUCAUUGAGUUUUAUGGCAAAUUUGUUGCAUGAGGAUGUGAUUAUAAUGCGGCAUAACUGAAGUGCAAUUCGGUUUUUGCCACUCACUACCCUAAUUACAGAGAAUUUUAGUUUGUUAUUAGUAUUGGGCAAAGCCUUUUCCUGAACUGAAGAAAGAGCAAUCUUUUAGGCUCCUUGUUUUAAAUCCCAGGUUUUGAUAUUUUGGAGAGCAAUAAGGUACAUACUAUAUAGUAUUGUAUGAGAGCAUACCUUUAUAUCAUUAAGGUAUGCUCUGUUAUUUUUUGGGCUUUGGGACCCAGGCACAAGGGCCUCUUCACACCACUUUCAUUUCAUUCUGGGUGAAAUUGAAGUGGUUUUUUUCUGCAAGGCUGCUCUUUGCUGCUUUUCAAAAGAAAUCCAAAUUCUACCAGUAGUAAGAUCCAAAAAGGAUUCCAGGUCUAGUGAGAAUGUUUUGGGUUUCAUGCAAGAAACCUUUAGCUCAACUGGCUGAGCAGAUUUUGUCUAGCUACACUACCCACCAUCCUCUUCUCAGUGUGGGAAUUGGCUAUCUUAAACUGUAGGUAAGGUUCAUCUGAAAUACUAUAAAUUUUCAUAAUAAAGUUUAUUAUUUGGAUACUUACCUAUUGGUAAACUGAAUCUGACCUAUCCUCCCCAAUACUUAGCAGGCUGUCCAGGAGAAUUCUGACAAAAGUUAGAAUAUUUGAAACGCACCUGGUAGAAAACAGGUGUACUAGAAAGUCAUCCAGAUAGCUAUACAAUUUGCUUUUCAGCGAGCAGAUAUGAGCUAUCUUUAAUUGUAGGUAUGUAUCCAAAUAAUAAAUAUGAUUAUGAAAAUUUUAAUUCAUUUGUCCACACUGACCAAAAAGGAUGCAUAAAAUGAAGAUCUUCUCUAUUUAACAUUUACUGCUGUCAAAGAUCAGCAAUGAUCACAGCAAAAUUAUGAUAAAUGCUCAAAAUAAGUGUAAUUUGAGAAGAUGCUUGUAAUGAUCAUUUAGCACAAAACCCAUAUAAACAACUUGAUACUAAGUUAACACUAUGAGACUGCAAAGUAUCAUCCUCUUGCUGCUUGCCACACAAUAUUAACUUUCACAUAUUGCAUGCUUAUUAGGGAUCUUUAGUGUUUACCCAGUAACUAUAUUUUGUUUGUCUUGAGAGUCUUCCAAUGAUGGGAAAAGUGGUUUAAUAUGUUUAAGGUUUAGUGUAUGUGAACAGACCUUGUUGUAUUUGUGGGUUGUUAUUAUCAAAAUAAAUUUUCAUUACAGGGUGUAAUUUUAGCAUUACAGAAUCAUGGUUAUUUAUUGUAAAUAAAAAUCUGCAGCAAUAAGUGCUCAACUGUGUUUCCUUACUGAAGUUAUAGUACACUACUUGGUGCAGUAAACUAACACCAAGUUUGCAUUAAGCACCACUCAUUUACAGGUAUAAGCACAUUUUUUUUAUUUUUACCUAUGCUGUUAUAUUUUGUCACUGAUCAAUUUUUAUACCACAAGAUCAUUCCCUCCCACUAUACUCUGUUUUUUUCCAUCUGUCCAUCUGCCUGUGGUGUUUUCGCAUGGUAACACUGCGUCCCGGGCUUUAAAUAGUUACAAUAUGUGUAAGUUUUAGGUAAAUAAAACGAUAUCUGGAUGUACAUUUACAAAUGAAAAGUGUUUUAAUAAUUUACUGUAUGCGAAUUACACCGUUAAUAUUCGAAAUAGGAUAUUAUUUAAAGCCCGGGACGCAGUGUUACCAUGCGCAAACACCACAGGCGGAUGGACAGAUGGAAAAACGCAGAGUAUAGUUAUGGUACCUCACUAGAUUAUGAGAAUUCACUUUUUAUACAGAGAUCAUUAGAGAGAGUUUUCAGGCUAUUGGUAAUUACUAUUGUAGUUUAAUGAGUGAGAUAUAUCCCGUCAUGUGCAGCUUUUAUAGUUAAGGAUAAAGGCAGCAUAAUACAGUAAAUGUACUAAUUAAAGAUGGUUGAAAAAUCCAA